AUGGAGCCGAAUGUUCAGCGCCUUUUGAACGACAAGCUAUACGACAAAAGAAAGGUCGGCGCCCUCGAGUUAGAACGGGUGAUUCGUGAUCUCGUCACCGUCAAGGACUACUCCCGGGUCCAGGCCGUCCUUGACCAGCUGUGCAACGAGUACGCCUACGCUGUUCAUCAACCGCACGCCCGCAAUGGAGGUCUUAUCGGUCUGGCUGCCGCCGCCAUCGCUCUCGGUUCAGAGCUGCCGAGAUAUCUGGAGGUCAUCGUGCCACCUGUGCUAGCUUGCUUCACGGACCAGGAUGCACGCGUCCGAUAUUACGCGUGCGAGGCCAUGUACAACAUAGCCAAAGUCGCCAAGGGAGAGAUCCUGCGCUACUUUAACUUCAUCUUCGAUGCCCUGUGCAAGCUGGGUGCGGAUUCCGAGCUGUCGGUCAAGAACGGGGCAGAGUUGCUGGACCGAUUGAUCAAGGAUAUCGUGUCCGAGUCUGCUGCCACCUACGUGUCGGUCCUGGAGAGUCCAGCGUAUGACGACAAGGAGUUGGACUCGCUCGAUGACCACGCGGAACCUCCCACCGCCUUCUCCCUGCCCAAGUUCAUCCCACUGCUCAAGGAGCGGGUCUGGGUCCUGAACCCCUUUACGAGGACCUUCCUCGUAGGCUGGAUCACCCUGCUAGACUCGAUCCCGGAUCUGGAGCUGGUCACCUACCUGCCCGAGUUCCUCGGCGGCUUGUUGAAGUUCCUCGGUGGCCACAAUCCUGAUGUCCACGCUGCCACCCAGACUUGUCUGGACAAGUUCCUCAAUGAGAUCAAGCGGAUUGCCCGGGUGAAGAAGGGCCUUGCCGACAGCAGGAAAUCACGUGCCGAUGGGAAACGGAAACGGGAGGAAUCCGUAGAUAGCGGCAGCAUGCGUUUAGGCCCAGAUGAUAUGGAAGAGACCGGGUCUACUACUGUCGCCGACGACGAUGACGACGACGGCGAGGUCAGCAGUGAGGACGACUGGGUCCCUGGCCAAGAUGUGCAGAUCAACUACAAGGCCAUCUUGGAGAUUCUAACCGCCACUCUCGAUUCUCCCCUAGAGGAAGACAGCCUGCAAGAAAGUCUACGUUGGAUCAUUGCCUUCCUUGACAUUUGCCCCGAAGAGGUCCUCCCUUUUACCCCAAAGAUACUAGCCCACCUGCUGCCCGCAAUGGCGAGCGGCAUGGAGCCAAUUCGACAGGCGGCUGCCAGGGUCAACACGUCGCUGAUGGAGUACGUUGUGUCGCUGUCUGACGAGCCCGAGACCAACCACAACCACCAAGCCUCUCGGGCCCCCACCUCCCUGGCCGUCGAACGACCAGACGGCGCAUCUAGUACGCGUGCCUCUCUUUCGAGUUCGAGAGAGCUGGAGAUGCGAAGCCCGACGCCGGCACAGGGCCGACACACGCCCGCGCCGUCAGUCAGCCCGCAGGCCGACCUCGACUACGCCGCAGCCGUCAACUCGUUGACCCUGCUCUUCCUCAACGAUCACGAGGCUACGCGCGUUGCUGCUCUGACGUGGCUCAUCAUGCUUCACCGCAAGGCGCCGCGGAAGAUAGUUGCCUUCAACGACGGAACCUUCCCAGCCCUUUUAAAGACCUUGUCCGACCCAGCCGAGGCCGUGGUGACCAAGGACUUGCAGCUGUUGUCCCAGAUCUCCCGCAAUAGCGAAGACGAUUACUUUUCAAACUUCAUGGUCAACCUCUUGCAGUUGUUCUCGACAGAUCGAAAGCUCUUGGAGACGAGGGGCAACUUGAUCAUUCGCCAGCUCUGCACCACGCUCAGCGCGGAACGCAUCUAUCGUAUAUUGGCCGAAUGCAUAGAGAAGGAAGAGGAUCUCGAGUUUGCCAGCAUCAUGGUACAGAACCUCAACAACAACCUGAUCACGGCGCCCGAGCUUGCUGAUUUGAGAAAGCGACUGCGGAAUCUCGACACAAAGGAUGGGCAGACCUUCUUUGUCGCCCUCUUCCGUUCGUGGUGCUACAACGCUGUGGCUACCUUCUCGCUAUGUCUCCUUGCACAGGCGUACGAGGCUGCCUACAACUUGCUGCAGAUCUUUGCCGAACUCGAAAUGACAGUCAAUAUCUUGAUCCAAAUCGACAAGCUCGUCCAGCUGAUUGAGUCGCCCGUGUUUACCUACCUCCGCCUUCAACUUUUAGAGCCGGAAAAGUACCCGUAUCUUUACAAGUGCCUGUACGGGUUGUUGAUGCUUUUACCCCAGUCCUCUGCAUUUGCUGCACUCAAGAACAGGCUCAACAGCGUGAGCUCGAUUGGCUACCUGCACAUAACACCUCGACCCUCUGCCACUACACCUAGUGCUUCUAAUUAUGACCGGCCAAACCGCCUGAAGGGCCCCGGGCGGGAGGAGGGCCUGAUACGCUGGGAUCAGCUGCUGGAGAAGUUCAGGAGCGUCCAGGACAAGGCGAGGCGUGCCCAGAGGCUGGGGGGCGGGCUGGACGAAGGACCGGACUUUAGCGAGCUGCGUAUGGAGGCUCCGGGCUUGAGGGACCCGUCUCGGUCGAACCAGGGGCCGCCGGUGCCCCAGAAAGAUCCUGCGCCUGCGCCGUCGCCGGCACCGAAGAAGGGAGGGCUGGGCAGGCCGUUUGGACGGCUCGGCGGGGCCGUCGCAGGGAGGGGCAAGAGACCACAGGCCUAG